CAAUAUUCGGUCCGUCUGCUGCCGCCAUAUUAACUUCUCUCUCUUAAUGUUAUAACAAAAAUUUCCCCGAUUGCAGAAAGUGAAAAACGUAAAGUUAAAGAAAAAAAGAGACGAAAGAACGAAGUAGCAAACGAAAAAAAAUUUAAAUUGUUCAUAGAAUUGGUUAUAAUUUGUCGUGUGAAGUUUUUUUUUUUUCAACAACAACGACGACGACGACAACGGAUACGAUCGUCAUAUCCAAAAAAGAGGUGCACAAGAGAAAAAAAAUAUAUAAUAUACAUAUAAAAAAAUAUCUAGAUUUCAAAAGCUGAAAAAAAUAAUCAUAAAUAAAUAAAAAUCAAGUAAAAGUUAGAGAAUUCGUACACAGUAACACACGGAAAGAAAAGUAAGCAAGAAAGAAGAAAAAAAGAAGAGUGAAACGACAUUACGAUUUUUACGAAGGCAGAUAAGCAAUUGGAAUAGAAAAAGCAACAACAAGACGGGAGAAAUAAAUUGACAUUGAUUUUUAUGCGGCAAAUGAUUGGAUUGACAUUUGAAACUAUGAAUUAUUUGGCACUAGAAUCAGCUUGAGUCUUGGUUUAUAUACAUAGAAAAAAAAAAAACUAGAAACACGAGUUUGGAGAAUAUCGGCAAAUAUUGUUGCGUUUUCAUUGAAUAAUUAACGCAUACGCACAUCUACUAUUUGUCGAGACACACACAGUGCGCGGCGAAACACGAAGAUAGCAACAACAACAACAACAGACAUAUAUAACAAAUUAUAGAUACACAUUAACCGCCGUACGGCCACGAUUAACUAACAACGGCACAUAUAGAACACGGAACAAACAAAAAUAAAUUACAUAAGAAACACAAUGAAUCGAAAGUAAGCAAACGUGGUCAUCGAAGAUCAGUGGCAGUAUAUCAGCAGAAGAUCGAUUGACGACGGGCUACUGCGAACAAGACGGAAAGCUCUGUGUGUGUGUGCGUGCGUGUGUUCAAGAUAGAAAAAUAAGGAAAAUUCAAAUUUGAGAUCGAGUAAAACACAGACAACAAAAGAAUCGAAACAUAAAAAAUAUACAAAGUGAUAUAUGAUUAAAUGGAACAAGCUCUGCAGCUAAAAACAAAUCACAAGUGCUAACUGAAGCCCAAAUGGAAUUUAAAACAAAAAGUAUAUAUAUAUAAAACAAACCAAUAACUAAAUGAAUGUACAAAUCUACUUAAGAAAAUAACCAAUUUCAACCAAUCGACGAACGGGCGAACUACAAAUAUCGACAACAAUAGGCAGAAACGAGAACAAGAAAUACAAAAAGAAAAAGAAAUUAUUAGUAAAACUAGCUGAAAAACGAUAGCUCAAAAUUACAAUUGCGUUUCACACUUGUCGUCAUCAUCACAGUAAAAUAAGUCAAUAUAAUAACGUUUCUUUUGGAUCUUCCUUGGUGUGUGUUAUGCACAUUUACAGUGUACGCACGUGCGUUUAUAUAUUUACAUUUUAAUUGUUUGGCAACUCGUUGUUCCCGGACCAAGUGAUCAAGUGAAACAACAGUUGAAUGUGAUUGGAUUUUUGGAAAACGACAAAUUGUACGGGAUAAAAAAAGAGAAGGAGAAACACGUUUAACUUAUAUCAUUGAAUCGGUUUCCAACGAUUUCCGUCGCAUUGAUUCGAUUACGUGUUCAGUGUUUUUGCCGAGGAGAGCGAGCGAGAGUGUUGCAUUGAGAAAGGAAGAGAGAGACAUUGAGUGAGAGUGAAGGUAACAAGGGAUAACUCCACAUCAACUAACACCCCAGGAUUUGGUUCGCAAUAAAGCAACAUUAGGCUGGCUCGUAACGGUGAAACGAGGGGGACCGAGUCUCCCGACACAUCACCUGAAAACGCGGCCACCUGUUGGUGGACACCAUUUGUUGCUAUGGGUUGCUUUGGUUCAGCCGGAUCAAAGCAAACCGAAACCAAUAGUAGUACAGAAGAUACAAAAAGUCAAAAACGUCGCAGCGAUGCAAUCACAAAACAAUUACAGAAAGACAAACAAGUGUAUCGAGCCACACAUCGUUUAUUGCUGCUCGGCGCUGGUGAAUCGGGCAAAUCGACCAUUGUCAAGCAAAUGCGAAUAUUGCACGUUAACGGUUUUUCGGACACAGAACGAAAGCAAAAAAUAGAAGAUAUUAAAAAGAAUAUUCGUGAUGCCAUUUUGACAAUUACCGGUGCUAUGAGCACACUCAAUCCACCUAUAGCUCUUGAAAAACCAGAAAAUCAAGCGAGAGUCGAUUACAUUCAGGAUUAUGCGUCAGGGCCUGACUUCAACUAUCCACCAGAAUUUUAUGAGCACACAGAAGAACUGUGGAAAGAUCGUGGCGUUCAACAAACGUUCGAACGAUCAAACGAGUAUCAAUUAAUUGACUGCGCAAAAUACUUCUUAGAUCGUGUCAGUGUCGUGAAAAAGCCAAAUUACACUCCUUCCGAGCAAGACAUCCUGCGAUGUCGUGUUUUAACAUCAGGAAUAUUCGAAACUAGAUUUCAAGUGGAUAAAGUUAAUUUUCAUAUGUUCGACGUCGGCGGUCAGCGUGAUGAGCGUCGCAAAUGGAUUCAGUGUUUCAACGAUGUCACAGCAAUUAUAUUCGUAACUGCCUGCUCUAGCUAUAACAUGGUUCUUCGUGAAGAUCCAACACAAAAUCGACUCCGGGAGUCCCUUGAUUUAUUUAAAAGCAUUUGGAAUAAUAGAUGGUUACGUACAAUAUCGGUCAUUCUCUUCCUGAACAAACAGGAUUUAUUAGCCGAAAAAAUAAAAGCAGCUAAAAGCAAAUUAUCAGAUUACUUUGCUGAAUUUAAUAGAUAUCAAACUCCCGGUGAUGCACUGAUCGAGCCAGGCGAAGAUCCAGAAGUAAUACGCGCAAAAUAUUUCAUUCGGGAUGAAUUUCUGCGUAUAUCGACAGCCAGUGGUGAUGGAAAACAUUAUUGUUACCCACACUUUACAUGUGCCGUUGAUACGGAAAAUAUAAAAAGGGUGUUCAAUGAUUGUCGAGAUAUUAUUCAAAGAAUGCAUCUUCGUCAAUAUGAACUUUUAUAGAUAGAAGUACAUCAUUAAACUAAACUUAACUAACAAAAAAGAAAAAAAAAUGAAGAUGAUGAAGAAAUAAAAUCGUAAUUAAUUUAUAAAUAAAUGAAUAAAAAAUAUAUAAAUAAAAAUUAUAAUUAUCAUUGAAUGUUAUUGAGUGAAAAAUUGCUAUUGAGCAUAUGCUCUAGGACGUUCACGUCAAAUGAGUUGCCAAAAACCACACUCGCACACACCAAGAGAUAGAUAGAGUCCAACGAAUCACAUUGAUUUGCACAUACAAACAGAAAGGAAAACAAGAAUGGACGAAAAUUUAAGAGAAAAAAAUAUUAGGAAAAUUUUUAUUGUAUUUGACACGUUUGAAUGUUGUGCGUGUGUGUGAUUAAAAAAUUGAUUUUGUUUGGGAUUCGAUGUGCGGCUUGAGUGUGUUGUUUUGAAUUUAAACUCAUUUGGCUCGGGAACAGCUUUCGAUAGUAAUCGCUCAACGACAAAUUUUCAUUGCAAUAUAAUAUUUAAUUUUAAUUAUUACUGAAAAUAGAAAUAAAAUACACAAAAAAGAUAUAUUUAAAGAAAUUUAAGAGAAAAAAAAUUAUUUAAAAAAAAAACAAAUGCAGGGUGUAUCAAAAAAAGAGAAAUAACAUAUACAACCACUUCAAAAGUUGCAAAUCAAUAAGGAAAAAAAAACCAACAUAACAAGAAAAAGAAAAUGGAAUAAAAAAUAUUUAAAAUAAAAUAUAAAGCAAAUGUGUCAAUCAAAGAAAUCAAACCAAUUAAGAGAUUUUCAUCGACAAAUGCUGUAGUAACAAAUACCAGAAGAUUUAAAUCACCAAAUGCAUGCAAUAAAACAAAACAAAAAGUAAAAGCAACCAAGAAUCAGUUUCUUCAUCAGUUUUCAUUUGAUUGAUCCGUGACACAAACACACCAACACCUACAACAUACACACACAUAUACACACGGGCUGUUAAUCAAUUGUUAAACAAGACGCCGAUAAAUAAUCAGUCUUCAUCUUUCAUUUCUUGACCUUCCAUGCGCACAGUGCACAAAACAAAAUAUAAGAAAGAAACAGUUGCAUUCAAUUUCAUAAGAAAGCACACAAAACACUCACACAUACACAGCAUUACCAUACGCAUUGAAUUAUACAUUGAGAAAACAAAGACAGACGAGAAAUGAAAAGAAAUAUUUGUUUGUUUGUUUGUUCAAAUUUUAUUUUUGUUUAAAUUAUUAUUAUUAUUAUAUGAUUUCGUAAAUAUGUUUAGUGUAAAAAGUGCCCGAAUUGAUGACGAUGAUGAACCAUUUGCGUUACUUUCAAUGUUCUCGAUCUAUUCCGAGUUCCAGUUUGUGUGUGUGUUUGUUUGUUUGUUUGUGUGUGUGUGUGUGUGAAAUACCGUACCAACAUCAUAUUGUUUUACGUUACAUGUGCAACAAUUGAUACCCAUCGAAUGGUGUAUCCAGAUGAAAAACAAUAUUUUAUAAUAAUCGAUUUGUAUAUUGAUUUCACAAACAUUUAUAGGCAGAAAAAAAGUGUUUGCAUGAAAAUUAUUUAAUGUGGAAUUUGAAAAAGAGAAAGAGAAAAAAAAUAUGAAUCAACGAUACACAACCACUUAGACAGAUUUAUUUAUGUUUGAGCAGCAAAUUGAACCACAUUCAAAGCAAAAAUAAUGAAAAAAAAACAUACACACAAAUGAACGGAAAACUCAUGUUGUACAUCGGAGUGAAAAACUCAAAAACGUACAAGAAAAGUCAAGCUCAGUGUAAAAAAAAAUGAUCGAAAAUAUUUAAUUAGUUGACACUCAACGAUUAAAUUGCGCCAAAGAAAGGUCAAUUUUAUAAAACUGAAUUCAUACCGUUCAUGUGAAAUUCAUUGAAAAUGUUCAUUCAAAAGUAAAAAAAAAAUGAAUUCAUUUCACGUUGAUUUAACAUCAGUUUUCUUUUUCGUUUCCAUUAAACAAGCAUUGCAAAUAGUCCACGAAAACAACACAAACCAUAAACAAUGGAACUUAACAGAUUAUCUAUAAACCCGCCGGCCAUUUGACAAAAUGGAAUCCUCCAGACACGGCAUGUAUUAAGUGGUUCAAAUUGAAUGUGAGCUGGUAAAAAUAUAAAAGAUGUUAAAAAGUUCAAUGCCUUGUUGCGUUGCCAUUAAAUUUGUUUAUUCGUUUUAGUUUUAGCAGUGACAUUGAAAAUAGAUGCAUUCUAGUCCAUUUAAAAAACCGUUUCAAAAAUUUGUUAUUUGAAAAAAUUCAAUGCACUCAUACGUAUAUACUUCAAACGAAAUUGUAUCCCCCAAUCAAAUCGUCUAUUUCAUAUAUUUUGUUUCAUUCGUCAAUCUAAUUCAAUCAUUAACCAAACCAAUUGAUUGAUUUAUGUAUAAAUUUUUCUUUUCUUUCUCGUCGAAAAAAGAUGUUUAAAUAGUCGUCACGGAAUUAUAAGACAAAAACAAGAAUAUCCAAGCUUGUACACCUUGUGUGUGUGUGGGUGUGUGUGUAAAAUGUGAUAUAAACCGAGUCAGAGGGUUUGCUAAAAGAAAAAAAUUCAGCAUUUACCUCUCAUUGACGCCAAUGUGAAGUGAAAUUUUAUUUGAAUUUAUACCUAUACAUCUCUCGUAUACUUGAACCAGUUUUGAUUUUCUAUUCAAGAUCCGAUAAAAUGUGUCCAUGCCGCACAACAAAUCUAACUAUGCACAAUGAAAUAAUAAAAAAGAAAACAAUGCUAGAAUUUACAGCCAUCAUCAUCAUCAUCACCACCACACAAACAUUAUGCAAUUCUUUUUUUAGAUACUUUUGGCAUGUGUUUUCGCUUAAAUUCCGAAAAGUUCGUUGACAUUUUUUUGAAAUUUCACACAAAAACGUGCGCACAUAAAAGAACCAAUAAGAAAUUAUUCAAUCGUUCUGGCCAACAUUCAUUUCAACGAUAGCCAAAUUCAAAAUGUCCAUUUUAUUUUUAAAUGAAAUUUUAUCUGUCGGUCGUUCUUUUUUAUGUUUGCUCUACGAUUUUAAUUUUCUCCAAAAGUAUGAGUCAAAUAUAUAUGAAUUAAUUUUGAUGCACUUGGUGUGCAUAUUUUGAUAAUAGAUGGGUGUGAAUAUUAAAAAGCUGUCUCAAUCGAAUAAAUAGAGAGAGAAAAAGAGUCAUUCAAUUCAAAUUGGUUUAAAAAAAAAAAACAUGAAACAGAAGCAAGUGAAAUA